UUGACUCUUCUUCGACAGUUCCUGGUCUACUGUCCAUAUUUCAUGAGCAGGAAAUGACAGAGACUGUCCAUGACACAAAUGGGCAUGGAUACCUUGCUACUCUCGUAGGGAAAAAUGGCCGGUUUGCUAUUCUGCGCGUGCACUCCCAUGGGUUGGUCACCAUUGAUCUGCAAUGUUAUGAAGAGGAUAACAUUGCACAACUAGACAAUCUUUUAAAUGCACUGGAAAAGAAGCUUAAGGUUCUCUUAAAUGGCAAUAUUACAAGGAUUAAAAGGCUCCCAGCACUCGUACGAGGAGCAAAAGUUGAUCGCUACUGGCCCACAGCUGACGGCAGACUGAUUGAGUAUGACAUUGACCGGGUGGUGUAUGAAGAAGAUUCUGCAUACCAAAACAUAAAAAUUUUGCACUCACAGCAGUUUGGAAAUAUCCUAGUGCUCAAUGGAGACAUUAACCUGGCAGAGAGUGAUUUUGCCUACACGCAAGCCAUCAUUGGUAGCGGAAAAGAAAAUUAUGCUGGAAAAGAGGUGCUGAUAUUAGGAGGAGGUGAUGGAGGCAUCCUUGCUGAGGUGGUCAAACAAAAGCCAAAGAUGAUCACCAUGUUGGAGAUUGACCAGAAGGUGAUAGAUGGGUGUAAAACGCACAUGAGAGAAACCUGCGGCAAUAUCCUCGACAACCUGAAGGGAGACUGUUACCAAAUACUAGUUGAGGACUGUGUCCCCGUGCUGAAGAAGUAUGUCCAGGAAGGAAGGACGUUUGAUUACGUAAUUAAUGACCUCACUGCAGUCCCAAUAUCCACAGAGCCAGAAGAAGACUCGACAUGGGAGUUCCUGCGUCUCAUCUUAGAUCUGUCAAUAAAAGUCCUGCAUCCCUCUGGGAAGUAUUUCACACAGGGAAACAGCGUGAAUCUGACAGAUGCACUGAGUCUGUAUGAGGAACAGCUGGGAAAGCUCUCAUGUCCCGUGGACUUCUCCAAAGAGGUGGUGUGUGUACCCUCCUACUUGGAGCUAUGGGUUUUCUACACCGUGUGGAAGAAGUAAAGACCUCCAGUUUCCUCUGCUUGAAGCCCCAGCAGCUAGAAUGUUAAUACUCCUAUUUCUGCUGUGGCCUUGAAGGUGUGUUCAGACUGAACGUGACAUGAAAAUUAAAAGCAACACAAAGUUUGAAUAAAGGCAUUGUUAUUGUAGCUUUUAAAAUAAUACAAAAAAAGAGUGGAUCCAGAUAAAUGUAACAAAAUAAUGUUUCUGCCAUGUAAACUGAGUCUGAGUAGUACAUAUGUACACAGGCAAAUUGCACACACCACUGGCAGUCCCUACUUGUUAACCAAAAACAGCCAAUUACAGCACAGAUGUUAGCUGUAGUCAGUCAGCUGUAGCUCGCUAAUAAUAGGCACAGGCUGCCUUGAGUGUGUGUGGAAUGUUCAUACUUACAUCAGACAAUAUAUUUAAUGCCUAUUAUUAGAGAGCUACAGAUGACUGACUAAAUGCAAUGUCUGUGCUGUAAUUGGGUGUUUUUGGUUAACGAGCAUGGACUCCAAAACACUCCAGCAAAAUAAAUGAAGAUGAAAAUUCCCUGUGUUCAGUCUGAACACAACUUAACAGGCACAAUGACUUUGAGUUUUAUCAUCCCCUCUCGUUUCACCCUGCUCUACCCUGACCUUCCUUCUCUUUCUUCCUUGUUUAGUUGUGUUUUACCAUUGUUUUGCUACAACUUAUCAGUUGUACUUCAUUCGUGUAACUUAAUUUGGGAUGUCCAUUUGCAUGUAUUCUGAAGGAACUGUUAGAUGUUUGAACAGUGACUUGAUACACUGAUAAUGUGGUGCAACUCCUCACUCAAAAGGCGUGCAUUCUCUGUUUUCUUAGUUUUUUUUUUUCUUUACUUUGAGUUAUGAGCUCAAAUGGUGUGAUAGGGCAAUCUAGAGGCUCAGCACAGCUGAAGUGAGUUGCUUUUAAGCUCUGUUUUGUUAGUGCCUCUCAAAUGUGAUUUGAUUCUUUCAGGUUGUAUCAAGACAAUGUGAUCAUGUCCAGUGAGACUGAAGUGUAUGAGUCCAAAUGUGUUUUUAAAAGGGAAACGGUUCCACCACUUUAAGGCCACCUCUUUGCUUGUGCUGUUUAUAUGUCAUGUUUUAUUAGCACCUUUGGUUUCUCCUGAUAUAUUUUAAGUUUUCUAAGACUGUGUUAGGUGCAUGUAAAGGACGGUGAAUGUAGCUUGCAUAUACAGUACACAGCACGUUUACGCGUGAUCAACCCUGUGGGACUGAGUUACAUUUAUUUAUUCAAUAUGAUUUCACCAAAUGCUGUUCUGUCCUACUUGAGACCAUUUUUGUGACCAUCUACAAUUAAAGUGUUUUGGGGGAAAAGGUC